AUGGGAUUGACGGUUCUGCCCUUAGCGGUCGUGACAGAGGCACCUAGGUUGCGACAUUGGCACCUGCUGGACUAUGUCCUCGUUCGGAAGCGAGACCAGCGGGGCGUGCUGGUGACAAGGGCGAUUCCUGAACCACCACUUCCAUCCCCCUCCUCCUCCUCCUCCUCCUUCGCUGUUCCAACCGCUGUCGGUGUGGCGCCUGCCACGCACGUCGACACUGCACACAAUCCUGACAUAUCCUUAAACACCAUCAGCACCACCGUCAACACCAGUGGCGAGAACCAGGACUACAUCUGCCCUCACUGCGACCGCACCUUCACCUCACACAUCGGCCUGGUCGACCCCUUGACAAUCCAUCGCACAGACACUGGCGAACCAGAGCCUGGAGCACCAACCGACACCCGCGCACCUGCCCCACUGUCCACACUGCCCUUGCACGUUCACGCAUCGCAUGGGCCUGUUCGGCCGCAUGCGCAUCCACGAGAGCGGAACUGA